GUCUGAUCUACUACUAAUUCUGCAUCGCACUAGACAUUUGACUUCUCGUGACCCUUAUCUGUCAUUGGUGUCCGUAUGACAGUUCGACAGUUAUCUUGUAAAGUACAAUGAAUUAGAGAGUGUCUGCAAAAGUAAAGGGCGUGCGCUUGGCCAUCUUAGGCAAGUAAGAUUGGGUCCACAAGAAGCCUCUAAUAAUGCAGGAGUAAUUUUUGUGUACAGGGUAUAGUUGAAAUACUGUGGUAGCCUUAUCAAGUGUUCCAUUGCUUAAGAAAUAGUAAACAUUAAACCGCAAAACUACUCUUGCUACCGAAUCGGUAGGUACGCAAGGAAAUCUCAACACUUUUGGAGGUUUAAUUGAGAUUUUGUCAUCUAAAGCUUAUUGGAACUCAUGUGCAAACAAGAGCUAUAAGUUUUUUUUAACAAACUUGAAAAUUUGAAAUUUGAGUAUAUCUUCUACUAAUUCUGGCUUCAGAUGGUGUAUGGGAAGCUUGUAAAACCAACAAAAUAAUAGCAGUUAUCUACUAUAGAGACAUUGCUUCAAGUAUCCUUUCAUUAUUUUAAAGACUAGAUAAUUCACUGAACUAGGUAGAAUAUCAGUUGGAACAUUCACUAUGAAAAGUUUUAUAACUACCAGUGGAUGUUCUUCAACUUUAUUAGCUACUGUAUGGCUAGUUUUAGGAUUGCCUCUACUUGGUGAAAGCUUAUCCAUGGGAUACAAAUAUGGAAGACCAAGGAAUGGAUUCAUGUACCCGCCACCCAAGCCGAAGGGAGUGACCUUGCCUCCUGAUCAGUGGUUUGUUCAAAAACUGGACCAUUUUAACCCAACAGACACCAGCACAUGGUCACAGAGAUAUUUCACCAAUUCCUCAUUCUACAAACCAGGAGGACCUGUGUUUUUGAUGAUAGGAGGAGAAGGCCCUGCUAACCCAAUAUGGAUGGUAGAAGGUGCCUGGAUUCCGUAUGCUGAACGUCUCAAUGCAUACUUGAUAAGCCUGGAACAUCGUUACUAUGGAAAAAGCCAUCCAACUGAAGAUGUCUCUGUUGAGAACCUGGUAUAUCUGAGUAGUGAGCAGGCCUUAGCUGACUUGGCUACUUUCACUGUUGCUAUGAAAGAGAAACUUGGACUGAAAGAUAACAAGUGGAUUGCAUUUGGUGGGUCAUAUCCAGGCUCCUUGGCUGCAUGGUAUCGUCUUAAAUACCCUCACUUGGUGCAUGGGUCCAUUGCCUCAAGUGCCCCCAUAGUUGCCCAGAUUGAUUUUAGAGAAUACCUGGAGGUUGUUCGUGAUGCCCUAGCAACAGUCAGUGAGGCUUGUAAUACUGCCAUUAAAGAAGCAACAAGACAGUUACAACUGCUUAUGGCUCAUAGAGUUGGUUGGCAAAACAUUACGAAACGUUUCAAGUUAUGUGUUCCUCUUGAUGGGACGAAGAAGUUGGAUGUAUCAAAUUUAUUUGCAACUCUUGCUGGGUACAUUGAAGAAGUUGUUCAGUACAACAAGGAUAACAGAGGGUUUGAAGGUGUCAAAGGAGUUAAUAUUACAAUUGAAACUUUAUGCAACAUCUUGAUGGAUGAGAAGAAGGGACCAGCAAUAGCAAGGUAUGGGGAAAUCAACGACAUGUUUCUUGCUCUGGAGGGAGAGAGCUGUUUAGAUUACACUUAUGAUAACAUGAUCAAGGAGUUCCAGGCCACAAGCUGGGAAAAUAACACAGAUGUAGGAGGGCGGUCAUGGAUAUACCAAACCUGCACAGAAUUUGGGUUUUAUCAGGGAUCAGACUCUCAUGAGCAACCAUUUGGAGAUGAAUUUCCUCUUCAGUUUUACACAAGACAGUGUCAAGAUAUAUUUGGCCCAAGGAUCUCACCUGAAGUACUGAAUGCAGGUGUCAGACGGACUAAUGCAGUAUAUGGUGGUCAUGAUUUGAAAGUAACUCGUGUCGUCUUUCCAAAUGGAUCAAUUGACCCCUGGCAUGCUCUGGGGGUUACUUCAAACAUUAGUGAUGAAGCCACAGCUAUCUUUAUUGAUGGUACAGCUCAUUGUGCAAACAUGUAUCCUGCAUCUACUACAGACCCUCCACAACUAACUCAAGCAAGAGAGAAAAUAUUUAGUCUUCUUCAAAAAUGGUUGAAGGAUUAAUGCUAUGUUCAAGAAUCUCGGUAUAGAAUUAGGUAAAUACUAGUUGUUGUAAUUUCUGAGUUUGCCACAAUUUUAGGCAUUUGUUGAACAUUUGUAACUAAAAGUAUAUUGUUUCAUCAAGUGUGUUUUUAGUAAGGAAUUUUAGUAAUUUAAAAGUUGUAUAUAGAGUGAAGUACAGUAACAUCAUCCUUGAUUGGACAGUGGCUAAUUGUUACGCAUUUAAGGUGUAAUCUUUAUUCAGGAUUUGUUAUGUGGUGAAUAUGUCUUGGAAUUCAGAUGGUGAAAAAUUCAACAUCAACCUUUCCUUUGUGGUGAUUUGAAUGAGUCAGAUAUCAGCAGUAGACUUCUUAAAUCUUUUCUUAUAUUAUAGAAGUAACCUGUUUUGUACAGUUCUUGAAUUGUUAUUCAAGACUCGAGCUUCUGUCAUGUAGAGUGAUAGUGGAAGUGUUUUAGUUGUCCUCUUAUAUAUGCUGGUAUUUUUCAAAUUGGCACCGUGUAGUCUUAAUCUGAACCAAGGUUUUAACCAUUCCUAUUUCAAUGUUUACAUUUUGACUGGAUAUUUUAGAUUUCUCUGCUAAUGUGUAAAGAAACUUUGUGAUUUUAUGCAAACAUGGAUUAUCUUAAGCUAAUCUCACAUAGAAAUGGUUGAAAAGUUCUGCUAUGUUUAGGAAUCGGAGUAAGUUUUAUGAUUACUAAAUCAUUGUUUGUUUUUAAAUGUUAGAAUAGUUUUGAGGCAUUUUGUUGGACUAGUUUUUAAGAUUAGCUAUUCACAAGCAUUGUUUCAAUUACAAGGGAGUUUAAGGUAUCUGGGGAGUACUGUGUUAGUCUUAUGACUCAUUUCUAAGCAACACUAUACUUGAGUAAAUACUAUAACAGUCUCACUGUGGAAUAGUUUGAAAAAUUGCUAAUUAGUUUCUCAGACAUAUUUUACUAGAUCUAGCUAAUUAGCUUCUCAGACAUUUUUGACUAGAUCAUUCUUAUUUGAAAUUGUACUGAUGAGAAACACAAAGUGUAAUGUUUUAGUUGUAAAGAUAUAAUUUUAAUGAGGUAACUGCAACUUGCAUGCUAUGCAGACAAGAAAAUGUCAGUAUGUAAUCCUUAGGGUUGUGUUUAUAAUGAAGUAACCACAGCCUGGUAUAUUUUAUUUUUCAUUUUAAAGUGUUUAUGCAAUGUGUUGGACUGUCUUGUGAUAACUACUGGGUGACACACUAUCAUCAUUUCUUGAGUGUUCUGAGUAAAAGGAAUAAGGCAUUAUGAAAAUAAAACACUUCUUUUGUACUUUAGCCUGGUCUCUAGGUAUUUGGUGUAUUUUUUAAAUAUAUAAAGACUGUUUUGGUGGGCAUAACUUUGUGCUAGUGCUAGCCAAGUUGUGAUGGAACAAGAAAAACACCGAGGCUUAAUUCCAGAAAAAAACAGAUAGUGGAAGUAAGAAAAAACAUGUAGGGCUUUAUUAACUUGGGAACCCAAUGACUUGUGGUCUUUCAGCCUUCCCUGAGUAUUGAGAAGGUUUUGUCUUGUAAUGAGAAAGGGAGAGAAGUAGUUACUGUAUUUUCUGUCAAAGGUGGUCUGACCUCAAAAAUGCACCCCAAUUUUGACACAAAAUAAAAAAUAAAUAAAGUAGAUAAGCAAAACAUCCUUUAUUAUAUUUUGUUUUAACAUAAAAGCAAUGUACAUAAUUUGCACAUUCAUAUCUGUAACAUGAUUGAGUGAUGAGACAAAUGGAGAUCUUACCAUUUGUUGUGAUGAAUGUGAUUGAGGGCACUUUAACACUUAAAGAGGUGAAAAACAAUAAUACUGUAUUUUGUAAAUGCAUUUAUUCUGUUCUUCAUAUAUUCAGUAAUAUACAGCUUAUGAUUGUAGUUAUGAGUAAGUCUUCCUUUCAUUAGUAUUGGCUAGACCAAGAAAGAGGUGUCCAAGAACAAUUUGUUUUUGGCUGUCCAGCAAGGAGGCUGGUUGCACAGCUUGGGCAAGAACUCAUGAAGUCAAGAGUACAUUGUGCCAGACCUCUUUCACCUUUUUUUACCUUUGGGAUGUUGCUCGCAAGGACACAUUCUCCUUGGGUCCUGUGGAGGCUGCUCAAGUUCUGUAGCAAACCUAGCUCUCCUAAUGGGACAGGUUGCAUCUUGAGUAAGGUAUUCAGUUAUCGAGAGAGAGUUGCAUGAAUGACUGGUCUCCCUCCUUUCUUGUAAGGUAGAGAGUCAGUAUGUUAAGCUGUGUACUAGUUGGGUGUACGUGGAAUCCAGGUAAACUGUAUGACCGAGCACCAGUCCUCAGUGUUCUUGUUUCGAUUCGAACGGAUGCAGGUCCCCCUUCUCUCUCGACAAGAGGAGAAGAGAACAGACAAUAAAACAAAUUUGUAGAUCUUA